AUGUGGCCUGGGCAGAGGGCAGAGUUGGGAGGGCACCGGGACAGUGCAGGCGGCCGCAGCCUCCGCUGGGCAGCACCUUCCUUUGGGGGCUAUGUGAUCUUCGGCCCCAUGUUCUCCGGGAAGAGCACGGAGCUCAUGCGGCGGGUGCGGCGAUUCCAGCUGGCCCAGUACCGGUGCCUAUUGGUGAAGUACGCCAAGGACACGCGCUACUGCACCUCCGGCGUCUCCACACAUGACAGGAGCACCAUGGAGGCGAUGCCAGCCUGCCUCCUCAUGGACGUGUACCAGGAGGCACUGGGCUCUGCUGUCAUCGGCAUUGAUGAAGGCCAGUUCUUUCCAGACAUCGUGGAUUUCUGUGAGAUCAUGGCCAACGCUGGGAAAACCGUCAUUGUUGCUGCUCUUGAUGGGACUUUCCAGAGGAAGGCUUUCGGGAGCAUUCUGAACCUGGUCCCGCUGGCAGAGAGUGUGGUGAAGCUGAACGCCGUGUGCAUGGAGUGCUACCGAGAAGCCUCCUACACAAAGAGGCUGGGAGCAGAGAGGGAGGUUGAAGUGAUUGGAGGAGCAGACAAGUACCACUCUGUCUGCCGAUCCUGCUACUUCCGCAAGCGGCCUCAGCAGGCUGGGUCAGAAAACAAGGAGAACGUGCCCAUGGGGGUGAAGCAGCUGGACGUGGCUGCCUCCCGGAAGAUCUUUUUUGCUUGAUUGCUGGGCUCC